UUACUCCUAAGUGAAACAAGCCAUUGUCUAGGCAACAUCACUUUGUUGUACCAAUAAUAGAAUCUUGAAAAUGCUCUCACCCCUUAGCAUAGUAGUAUAUAAAAGCAAAAGCUGACUCUUCAUUCCUACAAAAAAAAUAAAAAAAAUCAUUCCCUUCGCCCCUUCUUCUUUUAGCCCUCUCUUUUUGACUCCAAAAUCUUACACAAACAACACCUCAAACAAUACAAUCAUUAUCUACACCUUUAUUUGGCCAUCUUUUUUGCUUAUAAAUUAAAUCCGCCUCUUUCUGCAACUGUUGAACCAACACCAGAACAAAUCAAGAAAUCUUUUAAAAAUAGCCAUUCAUGGCAGUGGAUGUGUGUUUUGAGAUUGCAAGUUUAAAUGUUAGCCCAAGAAUCUCUUUCUCUCAUGAUGAUGGAAUCCCAAUUGAAUGCCAACAACAUUAUAGAUCAGAUGCAUUCCUUCUUGAAUCAACCAUAGAUUUUGAUUUCUGUGUUACAGAUAUAGCACUAAUCUCCUCUGCUGAUGAACUUUUCUCAAAUGGCAAGAUCCUACCUGUUGAAGUCAAGAAAUCAACACCCUUUAAAGAAAUCAACCAAUCUGAUCCAAAAUCUUUGCAAAAACAGCCAAAAAAAUCUUUGCAAAAACAGCCUGAAAAAUCAGUUCUUGAAAAUGGUAUUGACACAAAAAAGAAGAGUUUAAAAGAACUCUUGUCAACUGAUCUUGAUGAUGAUGAAAAAGAAACAGAUAAGCUUCCACAAGCAAAACCAUUUUGGCAAUUCAGAAGAAGCAGUAGUUUGAAUUACCAAAAUAGCCAAAACAAUGGAUUUUUGCAAUUUCUAUCAAGAAGUAACUCAACUGGUUCUGCUCCAACUCAAAAAAAUCCAAAAAUGUAUCAAAAACAGAAUUCACAAAAAGAACAAAUAAAAGUAUUUAGAAAGAGCUCAUCUUUAUCUUCAUCAUCUACAUCAUCAUCAUCAUCUUCUUGUUCAUCUUUGAAUCACAGCCAUCCAUUGCAUUCAUCAUCAAAGAAGGGUCAAUCACAUCCAUUGAAGAAGAGUUAUAGUAGAUCUUAUAGCAACGGAGUUCAUGUUAGUCCUGUUUUGAACAUUCCACAUGCUUACAUUUCUAAAGGUACUGUUUGUUUGUUUGGUUUAGGUUCAUUGUUCUGUAAUGGCAAGUCCAAAAAGAAGAAAUAAUUUCUCUGCACAACUUUUUUUUUUUUUUUUGUUCAUAAAUCAAAAGUUGAUAUAGUUCAUAGAACAUAAUUCUUGUUUUAUUUCUCAGAUUACAAUGUACUAUAGAAUAUUUACAGUGGCACUCUAAUUUAAUUUUUGCUAACAGGUUAGCUACUAUAUUUUCAAGAGUUACUGAUUCUACUUUACUCAUUAUGAAUAGUUACCCUU